UGAUGUUUCUCUGGAUCUGAAGAAUGUCUCAUCAGUGGAAGUUGAUGACUUUUUAUUAUUUUUUCAGUAAUCGUCAGGUGAAGUACGAUGUUUGCCUUAGUUUCAAAGGUAAAGACACCCGCAACAAUUUUACUAGCCAUCUUCGUGCAGCGUUGUAUCGAGCAAAGAUUGAAACUUCCAUUGAUAAUGAGGAUGAUGAACUUAUUGGGCAAGAUCGUAUGAAUGCCAUUGAAGAAUCAAGGAUUUCUAUUAUCAUUUUCUCAGAAGGAUAUGCCUCUUCCAAAUGUUGCAUGGAAGAACUUGUACAGAUUCUUGAGUGCAAGAAAAAGUAUGGCCAGCCUGUGAUACCAAUUUUCUAUAAUGUGGACCGAUUGGGUGCAACUGAUGUUUUCAAAAAUCCUGAAUAUUUGAAGCAAAUGCCAGAAACACAGAAGAAAUGGUUUAUUGCAUUGAGAGAAGCAACUGAUCUAGACGCUUUCGACUCAAAUUUCUUUUGGUGCGAAUCUGAUCUUGUAGAGGCAGUUGUGAAACGUGUUUUGAAGAUAUUGAACUUGAUUGGAGUACAAUCAAGAAUCAAGAAAAUUGGAUCUCUACUACACACUAGAUCAAAAGAUGUUCGCAUUGUUGGAAUUUGGGGAAUGAGUGGUAUAGGCAAGACAACUAUCACCAAAGCUUUAUUUGAUGAAAUUGAAAUUCAGUUUGAAGGUUCUUACUUUGCUUUAAAUGUUAGUGAAGAAUCCAAAAGUCUUAAAAGAUUAACUCUCUUGCGACAAGAGCUUUUUUCUGCCAUAUUAAAGGAUGGACCUUCUGAUCUAGGAAACAUCUUCACAAAACUAAGUUUUGGAGCUUAUAAAAGGGUUCUCAUUGUUUUAGAUGAUGUGACUUCAUUAGAACAAAUAAAAUUUUUAAUUAGAGAUCUUCAUUGUUUGGGUCUAGGAAGUCGAAUCAUUAUAACAACAAGAGAUAGACAAGUGCUUAAAAAUUAUGGAGUAGAUGAUGAUCUUAUAUACAAGGUUGAUGCAUUAUUUCAUCAUGAAGCUCUCCAACUUUUUAGUUGGUAUGCCUUUCAACAAAAUCGUCCUCCCUCUAGUUAUGAUGAUUUGUCAAAAAGGGUAGUAGAAUAUGCUAAAGGUGUUCCAUUAGUUGUUAAAGUAUUGGGUUCCUUUUUACGCGAGAAGACAGAAAGUGAAUGGGAAAGUGCAAUAAGUGAUCUAAAAGGAAAACCUUGUAAAGAUAUCCAAACGGUGUUAGAAUUAAGUUAUAAGGAGCUAGAUGAUUAUGAGAAGAAUAUAUUUCUAGAUAUUGCAUGUUUUCUUAAUUGGGAGUGUAGAGAUUUUGUAAUAAAAUUUUUGAAUGUUAGUGGUUUCUUCGCAGAAAUUGGAAUAAGUGUUCUCAUUGAUAGGUGUCUUAUCACUAUUUCAAACAACAGAAUAACAAUGAAUGCUUCGCUUCAAGAAAUGGGUUGGAAAAUUGUCCAAGAAGAAAACAGUAGAGAUCCUAGCAAGCGUAGCCGUUUGUGGUAUCAUGCAGACAUCUAUCAUGUGUUGAAAAAUAAUAUGGGGAGUGAAGCAAUUGAAGGCAUAUGCUUGGACAUGUCCAAAAUAACACAUAUAGUUUUAAAUCCUCGUGCUUUCGCAGAGAUGUCUAACUUGAGAUUCUUGAAAAUAUAUAACUCACAAGGUGAAGUGAGUAAAAAUAAGCUGUGUGCUACCGAAGACCUUGAGUUUUUUUUCGGUGAGCUAAGUUACCUCUGUUGGCAUGGAUGUCCAUUGGAAUCAUUGCCAUCAGACUUUUGUUUAGAGAAUCUUGUUGCACUUGAUAUGCCUUACAGUGAUAUUCAACAACUUUGGACUGGUGACCAGAUUCUUUUUAAUUUAAAAACUAUCGACCUCAGUUACUCCAAACGUCUACAGAAAAGUCCAAAUUUCUCGCUCACCCCAAAUCUAGAGAGCUUGAUUUUAGAAGGCUGUACAAGUUUGCUUGAGAUUUCAUCAUCUAUUAAUUGUCUCAAUAAACUUGUUAUCUUAAACCUAAGGCAGUGCAAAAGGCUAAGUAGUCUUCCAACCAGCAUCGACUCAAAGUUUCUCAGAAAAGCUAUUCUUUCUUCUUGCUCAAAUCUCAGGGAGUUUCCAAAGAUAUCAUGUAAUAUAGAAGAGUUAUUUUUAGAUGGAACUGCAAUAAAACAAUUGCUUCCCUGGAUCGAAAAUCCAUCUAGAUUAGUGACACUGAAUUUUGAAGGCUGUUCAGGACUUGAGUGUCUCCAAAGCAAUUUAUGUCUGAUGAAGUCCCUUGAACAUCUUAAUCUCUCUGGGUGUCCAGUACGUGAUUGGUUGCCAAAUAGUUUUGGAGGUUUAGAAGCUUUAAAGGUGUUAAUAGGAGAGGAGCUUGCUCAAAAAGAAAUACUAUCACCCAUUGCAUCUUUGCAGUUUCUGAAGGAACUAAAUCUGACUGACUGCGGUGUUGUGAAGUUACCUAGAAGUUUUAGAAACUUGUCAUCACUUGAGAGUUUAUUUCUGGGCAGAAACUAUUUUAAAAGCAUUCCAGCAGGCAUCUUACGACUUCCGAAGUUAUGUUAUCUUGACUUGAGCUAUUGUCAGAGGCUUCAAUUCUUACCAGAGGUUCCGAAUUGUAUACAAUAUGUAAAUGCAAACAGUUGUACAUCACUGGAAGGAACUGCUGUUUUCGAAAAAGUUAGCUUCAUCGAUUGUUUCAAACUAAAACAAAAUGAACUUCUAGACUAUGUGACAGAGGUGCUACUGAAUGUUUGGAACCUAUUACGUCGUCGGAGGCCAAGACUUAGUGCUUAUAUCUGUUUCCCUGGAAAUCAAAUUCCAGAGUGGUUUACCUUUCAAACUAUUGGAGCUUCUGUCAGUGCAAUUCAAACAUCAGGUAAGCGUUGUACAGGAUCAGUUAGUUUUGCUGUGUGUGCUGUUGUGUGGUUCAUAAACUAUCAAGAUGAUGGCCACGGCUUGGUAGUCCGUUGUGAAUGCAAGCUCGGGAAUAGAAAUGGUGCGGUGGUACUUUACUAUGGUAUCCCACCCGACCGUAUUAACUCAGAGCACACCUUCCUGGGAUAUGAUCUUCACAUGUGUAACUUUGAUUUAUCUGAUAGUCAAUACAGUGACGAUUAUGAAGUGAACAUCCAAUUUUAUGUCGAGGAUUUAAAUGGUAAACGGAUAGACGGUUGUGGGGUGGAAAAGUGUGGUCUUUAUUUAUUGUUCCAUAAUGUAAUGCGGGAUGAUAAUGAUGGUGAUGAUGAAGAAGAAGAAAAGAUGCAGGAUGAUAAUGAUGGUGAUGAUGAAGAAGAAGAAAAGAUGCGGGAUGAUGAUAAUGGUGAUGAUGAAAAUGAAGAAGAAGAAAAGAUGCGGGAUGAUAAUGAUGGUGAUGAUGAAGAAGAACCACCCCUUAAGAAGUUGAAGGGAGUUUUGUUGUAGAUCGAUCUUGGGUUGUUUCCUUGGGAGAAUCAUACUUUGUAUGGUGUCGUAUAUCACUUCGUGUAUAUACGGUGACAAUGUGCGGGGUUUGAAGGUAAA